AUGCGCUUCGCUCCACGGAAACCACCCCGGCGAUCGCGCAGGAUCUCGGAAGAACUAGAAGACGAGAUCAGGGAAUACGUGUUUGACCAAGGGGACGAUCAUGAGUCGUUCAACGAAGACCCGCAACUCAUCAUCGGGAACACACAUACUGGAUGCUACGGCCUUUAUUACGUGUUAGUGGAAGGAACCCUAUUUACUUUUCAUCAUGCGAAUAUGGGAUACGAUACCGUAUGUAACUGUCUCGUUAAGGGAGAACCAGGUGACGAAACAAUUCAAAUACCAGAUUACCUUGAUCAUCAUCGGAUCUGGCUUAUUACUUCAGGACCGCCUCGAAUGGAGCCAAAGCUAGCUGCGAUGGUUGCCAUGAAAUUGUUCCUAGGCUUGAAGGUACCACAACAAUGCCGAAUGAAGCAGUUAGAGACGAUCGAAGAAUUUGACCUAGGCGACGGGAUGGAAGGACAAGAGGGAGGAUCAGAAGGAGAAAAGAGGAAAGAGGAAAGAGAUUAA